AUGAUACGAAAUCUACUUACCUUUUCAGUCAUUUUCAUUGUAUUAUCAUGUUGUGAUUUACAAUCAAAUGCACAAUCAUUACCACAAGAAGAACUUGAUUCUAUUAUUUGGUUAAUCAGACAAUACAAAGCCCAACUUCCACAAGACCAAACUAUUUGUAACUACGCAACUUCUACUGCUUUUGUCAAUUGUACAACGUUGAUCAAUGGUUUCAAUCAUAUUUCAGAUGUGGGGAUGAUUGGUUCUUUUGAUAGUGGAGCUACACUUCAACCAGAUCCCAAUUUAAAUACUUUUACAAUGCCAUAUUUAAAGAGUAUUUCGUUGAGACCUACUGGAGUAAUGAAUGUGGCACUCAAUACACUUUCUCGCAUGUCAAAUCUACCACUGCUCACAAAGUUGUAUAUUCAAAGUGACCCUUCCAUCACAUCGAUUCCAGCAUCCUUGUCAAGUGGCGGUCUACCAAAAUUGGAAUCACUGACUCUUUAUCAAAUAUCGAUCGCAUCCCUCAAGGCGCCAUUCUUUGAUAAAUCACCCAUAUACACGAUGAUUAUACAUCUAACUACAGGGUCAGAGUUUAUCAUCGACAGCUCUUGGAAUCAUCCCAAUGUAUCGAUUUUAUCCAUUUCCAUGGCUAAAAUGACAAACCCUACCAUUUCAUUUGACCUUUCCAGUCUUUUCAAUUUAACUACAUUUGAAAUUACUUGUAUUGAUCCCUCUUCUGUCAUUCCCCUUGAUAUAGAUAAUCAACAUGUUAAUUCAUUAAAAGUUAUGGGUAGUGGUGGAAGUUUAUUCAAUGUUAAUUUUAUCACAAUUCCAUCUAAACUUACCGAAAUAGUUUCUACUGGAUCAGUAACUUGGGCAAAUGAUCUAAAAGAUUUACCAUCAAUUACACACAUUACAUUUUAUCUAUCAACCAUUUCAACUAUUCCUUGGAGUCAAUAUCCAAAGACUUUGACCUAUUUACAAUUUAAAAGCUGUAUUUUAUCGGCGGCCAUACCAAACUCCCCACUUCCACUGUCAAUGAAUAGAGUUUAUCUUGAGAAUGUAACAUCACCAGGCAAUCAACCAAUUCCAGUCCCUUGGAAUAUUUUCAAUAAUACUCAAACUAUAUUGUCCAUCACAGAUACUUUACUUACUGGAACUGUUCCAGAUCUAUUAUGUUCAUCAAAGUUUUCAUUACUUAAAAAUGUUGGAACUACUUUAACUAUUCCUGAUUGUUUUUGGUGUUAUUCAAAUGAUACUGCUAUCUUAACGACUACCCUUGUUAAACCAACUGGUUUCGUUUGUAAUUAUAAAACAGAUUCAACAAAUGUUUAUUUAAUUAAUGGAACUGCCAAGGUUUUUGGUGAUUUGAUAGGAUGGGGUACAGCAGGCAACACAAUAUAUGGUACAAAAACAUAUAAUCUUGUUGCUACACCUCCUAAUAUACCCAACAAGGAAUUGACUUUUAGUUUGGUGGGUGGUGCAUUUAACUACGCCAAAAUUACAAUCACUAGUUUAUUUAAUAACAAGACACCACAGUUAAAAUAUUCAUGGAAUGUACUUGAAGUUGGUAUUGUCAUAAACAACGCAACAGCACCAACCAUCGAACAAAUCCCAACUGGUAUCGGUUACAGAAUUCCAUUUACCUUGUUUAAUCCAUUUGCUCCACACAUUGUCACCAUUGACAACACAUAUCCAUGUGAUAUAUUAUUAAAUUCAUCUUCCUUUUUGUAUUGCACAUCGGUUGAUGUUGGUGGUGGUAAUCAUACGAUUACAAUUGCAAAUGAGCGUGUUAGUAAAAUACUCGAUUUUAGCUUUGCUCAAUUGUAUCCAUUGGUCACUUCAUUUUUGGUAGAUUCAAAGGACAAUAGAAAUAUUAGUCUUUAUGGAUACUAUGGACCUAAUUUAGAUAAACCUACAGUCUAUCUAAACGGUUCAACUAGUCUUUCAUGUAAAGUUAUGACUAUUAGCACAAAAUAUAUGGACUGUUAUCUUGACCAAGUACCAGCUGUCGGUACUGCCUCUGUCACGGUAAUCGUAGACACUUUUGUCUUUACCAGACCUGACGCUCUAUACUUUUCAUCGAGUGACAGUGGUAGUGACUCUGAGCAAGAGUGUAUGGACCGUACCAACAACUGUAACGGGCAUGGUCAGUGCAACAGCCAAGGUGAGUGUGACUGCGAGCCACUCUACAAUCCAGACGAUGACUGUGCCACUAAAUACACAAACACUACACCUAUUAUCGAUCCCACCAAACCAACCACUUCAUUUGACAUUGAUGGAAUCGAUUUCCAAUUUGAAAUUGUUGCAGUUCAAGAAUUAGAUAUGGAUGAAAAUAUCAUCAAAGAGGUUCCAACUGAUUUAUGGAUUUCAAACGUCACCAUCAACACCACUCUCACCGUCGCCGACUAUCAACUCAUCAUUACCAACCGUACAAUCAUUGGCCCCCUCACCAAUGUAUUUGCAACCAUUUCAUUCUCCUCGAUUGCUAGAACCAUUCCAUUUGGUCCACAAACACUAUCACUCAAACCAAGUGCGAUAAAGGUUGCUGUCAAUAUUAGUCAAUGGAGUUUCCAAGAUAAUCUCACAUAUCUCAGAGUUGUAUUUAGAACCACUAUCAAUAACAACCAAACAGUCAGACGUGGUUGUAAAGAGAUACCAAUUGAAUCUCUUUCUUUUGAUGAGUAUGGAUCAACACUACAAUACCUUCGAGUUGUCAAAGAUAAUAUUCAAUUUAGUGGUAGAUUUAUCGAUUAUUCCAUGUCUGAUGGAAGACCAACCUAUUCCCGUACUCAACUCAUUUCACUGUUACCAAACAGUGACCAAACCACCUCAAAUGCAACCAUUGGUAUCUUACUCAGUCAAUGUAAAGAAUGUCUUCUUGAUCCAGACUUUACACCUUUGCUCAUCGACAAGGAUUCCAACAACGGUUGUGAUAAAUCAAACAAUACUUGGCGUAUCAUCGUUGGUUGUGUAGUUGGUGGUAUGGCUGCUAUCGCAAUUGCAACAGGUUCUAUCAUGUUGAUGAAUAGAAAUCCUUUUUGUUUAUGGCAAUCACCAAUUGCCUUUUCAAUCAUUUUCAUAAUGAUGUUGUCAUGUUGUUCCAAUGCACAAACAUUACCACAAGAAGAACGUAGACAAUACAAAGCCCAACUUCCACAAGACCAAACCAUUUGUAACUAUAAUUUAAGUCCCGUCAUUUAUGUUUACUGUGCAGUAAUCAAUGGUGUCAACCAUAUUACAGAUGUGGCAAUAAUAGAUUCUUUUGAUAGUGGAGCUACACUUCAACCAGAUCCCAAUUUAAAUACUUUUACAAUGCCAUAUUUAAAUAGUAUUUCGUUGAGACCUACUGGAGUAAUGAAUGUGGCACUCAAUACACUUUCUCGCAUGUCAAAUCUACCAUUGCUCACAAGGUUGUAUAUUCAAAGUGACCCUUCCAUCACAUCGAUUCCAGCAUCCUUGUCGAGUGGCGGUCUACCAAAGUUGGAAUCUAUCACUUUUUAUGAUUUGUCUUCGUCCGUCAAAGCCCCAUUCUUUGAUAAAUCGCCUCUAUACUCGUUGCUUAUAUCAAUCAAUACAGCGUCGGCAGGAGUAGAGGUUUCCAUCGACAGCUCUUGGAAUCAACCUAAUAUAUCGAGUAUUACUCUUACCCUUAGAUUGACAAACCCGAUCCUAUCAUUUGACCUUUCCAAACUUUCCAAUUUAACUACAUUUUAUCUUUACUCUAGCGGUCCCUUUUCCUCAACCUUUCCACUUAAUAUUAAUCACCAAAAAUUAAGUGAAUUACGACUUACAGGUGAAAGUGGAAGUUCAUUCAAUGUUAAUUUUAUCACAAUUCCAUCUAAACUUACACAAAUAUAUUCUACUGGAUCAGUAACUUGGGCAAAUGAUCUAAAAGAUUUACCAUCAAUUACACAUCUUUCAUUUACUCUAUCAACCAUUUCAACUAUUCCUUGGAGUCAAUAUCCAAAGACUUUGACCUAUCUACAUUUUAAAAGCUGUAUUUUAUCGGCAGCCAUCCCAAACUCCCCACUUCCACUGUCAAUGAAUAGAGUUUAUCUUGAGAAUGUAACAUCACCAGGUAAUCAACCAAUUCCAGUCCCUUGGAAUAUUUUCAACAACACCCAAACCAUCUUGUCCAUCACAGAUACUUUACUUACUGGAACUGUUCCAGAUCUAUUAUGUUCAUCAAAGUUUUCAUUACUUAAUAAUGUUGGAACUACUUUAACUAUUCCUGAUUGUUUUUGGUGUUAUUCAAAUGAUACUGCUAUCUUAACGACUACCCUUGUUAAACCAACUGGUUUCGUUUGUAAUUAUAAAACAGAUUCAACAAAUGUUUAUUUAAUUAAUGGAGUUGGUAAAGUCCUUGGUGAUUUGAUUGGAUGGGGUACAGUAGGCAAUACAAUAUAUGGUACAAGAACAUUUAAUCUUGUUGCUACACUUCCUAAUAUACCCAACAAAGAGCUGACUUUUAGAUUGACGGCUGGUGUAUUUAAUGCUCCCAAAACUACAGUAACUAGUUUAUUUAAUAACAAGUCACCACAGAUAACAUAUACUUUGAAUGUACUAGAAGUUGGUAUUGUCAUAAACAACGCAACAGCACCAACUAUCGAACAAAUCCCAACUGGUAUCGGUUACAGAAUUCCAUUUACAUUGUUUAAUCCAUUCGCUCCACACAAUGUCACCAUUGACAACAAGUACCCAUGUAAUAUAUUAUUAAACUCUUCCACAUUUUUGUAUUGCACAUCGGUUGAUGUUGGUGGUGGUAAUCAUACGAUUACAAUUGCAAAUGAGCGUGUCAGUAAAAUACUCGAUUUUACCUUUGCUCAAUUGUAUCCAUUGGUCAAUUCAUUUGUGGUAGAUUCAAAGGACAGUAGAAAUAUUAGUCUUUAUGGAUACUAUGGACCCAAUUUAGAUAAGCCUACUGUCUAUCUCAACGGUUCAACUAGUCUUUCAUGUAAAGUUAUGACUAUUAGUACCAAUUAUAUGGAUUGUUAUCUUGACCAAGUACCAGCUGCCGGUACUGCUUCGGUCACGGUCAUUGUCGAUACCUUUGUCUUUGCCAGACCUGAUGCUCUAUACUUUUCAUCUUCUCCUGGUUCGGGUAGUGGUGGCAGUGGUAGCGACAUCGAGCAAGAGUGUAUGGACCGUACCAACAACUGUAACGGGCAUGGUCAGUGUAACAGCCAAGGUGAGUGUGACUGCGAACCACUCUACAACCCAGAUGACGACUGUGCCACUAAAUACACAAACACUACACCUAUUAUCGAUCCCACCAAACCGACCACUUCAUUUGACAUUGAUGGAAUUGAUUUCCAAUUUGAAAUUGUUGCAGUUCAAGAAUUAGAUAUGGAUGAAAACAUCAUCAAAGAGGUUCCAACUGAUUUAUGGAUUUCAAACGUCACCAUCAACACCACUCUCACUGUCGCCGACUAUCAACUCAACAUUACCAAUCGUACUAUUAUUGGCCCUCUUACCAAUGUAUUUGCAACCAUUUCAUUUUCUUCACAAUCGCGAACCGUUCCAUUUGGUCCCCAAACAUUGUCGAUUAAACCAAGUGCGAUAAAGGUGGCUGUCAAUAUUAGUCAAUGGAGUUUCCAAGACAAUCUAUCCUACCUUCGUGUCGUUUUUAGAACCACUAUCAAUAAUAACCAAACAGUAACACGUGAUUGUAAAGAGAUACCAAUUGAAUCUCUUUCUUUUGAUGAGUAUGGAUCAACACUACAAUACUUGCGAGUUGUUAAAGAAAAUGUUCAAUUAAGUGGUAGAUUUAUCGAUUAUUCAAUGUCUGAUGGAAGACCAACCUAUUCUCGUACUCAACUCAUUUCACUGUUACCAAACAGUGACCAAACCACCUCAAAUGCAACCAUUGGUAUCUUGCUUAGUCAAUGUAAAGAAUGUCUUCUUGAUCCAGACUUUACACCUUUGCUCAUCGACAAGGAUUCCAACAAUGGUUGUGAUAAAUCAAACAAUACUUGGCGUAUCAUCGUUGGUUGUGUAGUUGGUGGUAUGGCUGCUAUCGCAAUUGCAACAGGUUCUAUCAUGUUUUUUAAUAUUUUAGUAAAUUCACAAAUACUUCCAACUGAUCCCGAUGAAGUAAUAUCUGUUCAAUGGUUAAUAGCACAAUAUCAAUCUAAAAUACCACCAACAAACUUUUGCAAUGUUUCAAUGCCAACCUAUCAAUACAUUGUAUGUUCAGAGGUUGAUGGAGGGAUGCACGUGACAUCUAUCAGUUUAUCUAUAGACUCUGGUCUCACAACUGGUGCAUGGCCAGACCCAGAGUUGAAAAAGUUUACUCUACCCUAUGUAACUAUGUUUUCAGUAUCCAACAUUAGAGUUAAAAAUGCUAGCUUGAAUGUCUUGGACCUCAUGGUUGACAUGCCAAGAUUAACAAAACUUUUAUUAUUGAAAGAUCCACAAAUUAGAUAUAUUCCAGCAACAUUGUCAGCUGGUCUUCCAGCUUUGGAACGUUUGGAUUUACUUGAAUUACCAGGUCUAACUAAAAUCGAACAUCCAUUCUUGUAUGGCUCACCCAAACUUAAUUUUAUCACAAUCUAUGGUAUUAGAUAUCUGAUCGAGAUGAGAGUCAAUUCCUCUUGGUAUCUCCCGUCACUUGAAUAUUUGCAGUUCACCGUAAACUUUACCGAUCCUUCCCUCUUUGAUUUGGUAUUCACCGAACAAUCCUUCCCAAAGAUGACAAAGUUGGAUCCAAAAACCUAUGCUGGCUCACCUCCUCCUGUAGAUGGUUAUUUGGAUAUUAAAAUUGGUCUACCAAAGUUAAUUGCAAUGUAUCCAGCAUCAGUUUUACCAACCAAAAUACGUAUAAACUUUAUUCAAUAUCCUUCAUCUAAUACAUUUCAGUUAACAUCAUCUGGAAAUAUAGAAUAUUUACCAUCGGGGUUAGAUUUAAUUAAUUCAACCCUUCUCUCAACCUUUAAUAUGAGAAAUGGCAAUUUUUCAGAGUAUUUUCCAAUAGUCAAUCAGUAUCCUCAACAAUUGGGUUUCAUAUCGAUAGAAAAUUCAUACUUGCCAACUGGUCUUCCAGCCAUUCCACCUAAUCCAUCUAUGAAGACCGUCACCAUUACUGACACUUUUAUGCAAACUUUUCCAUGGGAUUCAUUUGGUAAUAGUACAACCACAUUCCACAUUACAAAUACCAAUCUCACAGGUUCCAUCCCAUCCAGUUUUUGUAGUAAUAAACUACCAAAUCUAAAAAAUAUCUUUGGUGAUCAAUUACUUGUUCCUGAUUGUUUUUGGUGUUAUGCAAAUGAUACAACUAUUUUUUCUACUACUCUUCCAACACCAACCACUAUUGAUUGUGGUAUAACAUUAGAAUCAAAUGAUAUUUAUUUAAUUAAUGGAACUGGGUUUAUAAGGGGUAAAAACAUUGGGUGGGGUAUUGAAAGUGCAGUGACACCAACUGGACAAAGAUACUCACUUGGUGAAGCUCCAUCUAUUCCAAAUCAAGAAUUAAAACUAUUGAUUUCACCUAUCAAGUAUAGUGUUAGAAUUCCAAUUACAAUUGCUUUAAAUGCUAAAACUUCAUAUGUAGUACCAAUUACUAUAUUGGAGGUUGGAAUUGCCAUUGGUCCAGUGACAGUGACUCAGUUACCAACAGGUCUAGGAUUAAAGAUUCAAUUCUAUUCAUUUAAUCCAUUUAUCAAUUCAGUGGUCAUGGUUGAUAAUAAUAGUACGUGUACGAUCAUGAGUAACUCGACUUAUCAAUUGUAUUGUACCGUACCAGCAACUCUACCAGGUCCUCACAAUCUAUCGGUCACAAAUGAAUAUUAUGGUAAAUCGGUUGGGUUUGUGUACCAACAAACCUAUCCAUUGGUCAAUUCAUUCCACUAUGAUAGAUCUGAUUAUAGAAAUGUCAGUCUAUAUGGAUUCUUUGGUGCCACUUUGGGUCAACCUCUAGUCUAUCUAAAUGAAACAACUUCUAUUGGAUGUACAGUAAAGGUGAUCACCAAAAAUUUCAUCAAUUGUUAUUUGGAUGCUAUGCCACCCGGUGGAAUGGUAUCCGUAUCUGUCAAUGUUGACAUUUAUUCAUUUACAAGACACAAUGCAAUGUCUUUUACUUAUUCAAAUCAAGGUAGUAGUAGUGAUAGUGGUAGCGGUAGUGAUGAUUCAAAAUUAUCACCAAAAGAUAAGUGUAUGCAAGAUACUCAUAAUUGUUAUGGUCAUGGUCAAUGCGAUGAAAAUGGACAAUGUCAAUGUGAACCAGAUUAUCUUCAAAUUGAUGAUUAUACAAAUACAACACCAAUAGUUGAUCCAACAAAACCAACAACAUCAUUUGAUAUUGAUGGAAUUGAUUUUGAAUUUGAAAUUGUUUCAAUUCAAGAAUUGGAUGUGGAUGAUACUAUUGUCAAGGAAUUACCAACUGAUUUGUGGCAAUCAGUGAUCAAUGAGACUGCCACUUUAACAACUGCCAACUAUCUUCUCAAUAUUACCAAUUCAACCGAUCGUGAAAUGAACCAAAACUUAGAGGUCAGAGCAACCAUUUCAUUUUCAUCGCAAGCCAGAACAGUCGCAUUUGGACCUCAACAACUAGACAUUAAUCCAAAUGCAAUCAAGGUUGCUGUUAAUAUUAGUAAUUGGGAUUUCUAUUCCGUUCUAACCUAUCUCCGAGUAGUAUUCAAGACCAACAUCCUUACCAAUCAAACCUACACUUUUGAUUGUCAACAAUAUCAAGUCGAACCACUUUCCUUUGACAAGUUUGGUUCCACUCUUCAAUACCUAAGUGUUGUAAGGGAUAAUGUCGAGUUUAGAGGUCGAUUCAUUGAUUACUCUUUGGCUGAUGGUAGACCAACCUAUUCCAAAACACAAUUAUUAUCACUUACCAAAAAUACCGAUUCCAACUCUACAACAUCAACUGCAAUGAUUGGAUUACUUCUUAGUCAAUGUAAAGAAUGUAUUCUCGAUCCAGACUUUACACCUUUACUCAUUGACAAGGGUCAAGAUGAAUGUGGAAACUCAAUCUCUGACAGUCACUGGAGGAUUAUCGUUGGUUGCGUCAUAGGUGGUAUUGCUGCAGUUGGCAUUACAACUGGUUCCGUCAUGUUAAUUAAAAAGAAUCGUAAAUCUCAAAUGUAUGAAAACAAAAUGAGACAAAAAUUAGAUUCUGUAAAUCAAAAAUAA